AUGGCACUGAAUGUCGUGAGCAUGGUGAUUAAGAUCAACCGCGUGCUGCUCAUCGGCUGCGUUGCCUACCUUUUGUCCCGCGUUGUUGACGGAUUGAUCAGGGGCGACGAUCUCCUUGGAAGGGAGAACCAUCAACGUUUUAGCGUGCUACCUAACGGUAAUGCAAUUCACCUAAACUUUGUGAUCCGAAAAAACCGCAACUGUACCGACCACCACUCAUCACACAGUGAUGAGGGAAUCAAAGAUAGCAUCAGUGGUAUCAGUACUGCUGCCGACGCAAUACCAAAAAAACGGUCGAGCACGGCCCCACAUCAUGUGAAGCAGCCAAGUUCGACUGGGGUAAUGGCCGUCUUCACAUUUGGGCGACCGCACCUCCCCAACGGUGCCAUAACCGACACGUUUAAGAAGCGGUUAGUGCAUGCAGUGCGAAUGGCGCUUCUUACCGGUGCUCCUUGGAUUAUUGUCCCAUGUAGUCGAGGAGAACGCACGAACUCCGAGGCAUUCUUGCGGAACAUGGGCUCUCCAGGAGAUCUUCUCUUUAAUGAUGCCGUCGUAGAGGAUCUUCCCCCCGAACUACAGGAACUGGCUAAGCAGCUGCGCGAUUCGAUGCGUUUCGCCGCUUCGUUAGACGAAUGGAUUCAAAGUGGCAACCCUAUUGAACAUUUUGCGCGAGUUGCCAACGUAGAGGGAACUGGUGUAUCGAUUGCCUCCCCGCGCCUCUUACGACACGGACAAUCUCAAUGGAUUAUUCCGGAGUUUGUGUGGGUUGAUCGCAAUGAGUCGUGGGUGGUGAAUACAAAGGAAGAUAUCAAACAUGGUUUACUUGUCUUGCUGAGGCGUGUCCUUCAAAUUGAUUUCUAUGGCGAAAAUAGUGAGUCACAAUCCAAGCAGGAUGCAGACGCAGCUUGGUUGGAACGGGGCAUAUUUGAUAUCAUUGUGGUGGGAAGUAUGCAUAACGAGGGAUUUCUUUACUCAGCUACCUCAAGGGAAUUGAGCUUUCUCUCGCGGGCACAUCGUCAAAGUACCGUACUCCAAAGACAGGGACGAGAAAACUUGCUUGUGUCGUGGCUUUCGAAGAAUAUUAACGUUCGAAUUACUUCUGCGGAGGACUCCGUCCCAGAAAUUACAGUUCCAGAGCCAUGGAUCGUUGACGCUCAGCCCGAACCACGCGCCUUGAGGAAGGCCUGGUGGUUGUUUAGGAUGCUUGCUCCAUUAUCUCACACUAUCCACCUGAAUUAUUGCCGCUGGAGUGCGUGCAUACGCUGUUCACUGACAUCUGUCAGGAUUAUCAACUUCGUCUUUGAGUUUUUUGCCGCAAUUGAGGCUAUUUUGACAGAAAAGGUGAACAUGCUCGGUUACUUUUGA